AGUGAGGCGCAACGGCUAUUAUAAAAGCUGGGAUUAGCUGCAGUUAGAGCAUCAGUCAUUUAGCUGCCUUCAUUGAAAUCAUGUUCAAGCUGCGCCUGAGCUUGUUUGCCUUUGUGCUUAUCUUUCUGGCCGCAGCCAGCGCUGGCUCCCUGGAAUGGCCUGCCAAUCUGGUGGCUCUGAGCACCAGCAAAUCCUCGCAGCCAUUGCCGUUGCCCGCCAGCGACGAGUCCGCUGAGCUGGCCGAGAGCAACGCAGCCGCCGCCGCCGCUGCCGAACCGGAGCCGGAGCAGGCUCUAUCCGAAUCCAACGCAGCUGCUAGCGAUGCUCGCCUAGUCUCCGCUGUGCCCGUCUCUGUGCCGUUGCCGCUCAUUGUGGCCGCUCGUUCGGGCCUGCGCAGCGUGCUGACCAUCCAGGAGCCGACGCUGGCCCAAGUAGGUGAGCUGGUGGAGCAUGUGCCCACCGCCGUGUCCCAUCAGAGCCAGACGGUGGUGCAUGAACAUCAACGUCUGGUCACGCCCAUUGUGGGACCCGCUGUGCGCACCACACAGCUUGUGCGCCAGCAGCAACCUCUGGUUUGGACCCUUGCCGCCGAUCCUCGUGUGGUGCUCCUGCGGAACUAGAUCCGAGAGGGAACGAACAGCGACAACAACAAGAUGAAACCAAAGAGAAAAACACAACGUUGCCAAAUUGAUUUUUCUUCUUCUACUUAGCUAACACAUUUUCUAUCUGUAUUUGAUAUACUCUCGUCUGCCUUUGACACUCCGUAGCUGCCAUUUUCUAUGCUCUUUUCUGUCUUUACUCUUACAUCUAUU